GGCGGAGCGGGGCCCGGACCGCCCCGUGCUCUGCCUGUCGGGGCGUCCCCGGCCCCGCCGCACUCGCCGCUGCCGACCGAGGGGAGCGGAGCGGAGCCCGGCGGAGCCGCUGCAGCAGCCGUCAGCGCCAUUGCCGUCAGCUAUGGCAGGUGCUAACAGUACUUAAAGAAAGCAACCUUUCCAGCUGGAUUGUUGAGGACUUUUGUGAUUCCCAGAGGUGCUGCUGUUAAAAUAAGGAAUUGUCCUGUUAGUGCUUGGCUGGUCAACCCAGAAGCAUUCUCUUGGGUACUGUAUGCAAGUCCCUGACAUUCUGGAAACGAUGGGAAUUGGUAAGAAUACCACUUCAAAGUCGGUGGAGGCAGGAGGCUCAACAGAAGGCAAAUAUGAGGAUGAAUCUAAACAUCCCACCUUUUUCACCCUGCCUGUUGUCAUUAAUGGUGGAGCAACAUCCAGUGGUGAUCAGGAUACAGAAGACACGGAGUUGAUGGCUAUCUAUACUACAGAAAAUGGCAUAGCAGAAAAGAGCUCUUUGGCAGAGACACUGGACAGCACUGGCAGUUUAGAUGCUCAGAGAACUGAUAUGAUUUACACUAUCGAAGACGUUCCUCCAUGGUAUCUCUGUAUAUUUUUGGGGUUACAGCAUUACUUAACAUGUUUCAGUGGAACUAUAGCAGUUCCCUUUUUGCUAGCUGAUGCCAUGUGUGUUGGAUUUGACCAGUGGGCUACCAGCCAGUUGAUUGGGACCAUUUUCUUCUGUGUGGGCAUCACUACAUUGUUACAAACAACUUUUGGGUGCAGGUUACCCUUGUUUCAGGCAAGUGCUUUUGCGUUCUUAGCACCUGCUAGAGCAAUACUUUCUCUGGAGAAGUGGAAAUGUAAUAAUACAGAUAUAACAGUUUCAAAUGGAACAACAGAACUGCUUCAUACUGAGCACAUCUGGUAUCCCAGAAUACGAGAGAUCCAAGGUGCUAUUAUCAUGUCCUCGUUGAUAGAAGUGGUGAUAGGAUUGCUUGGCCUUCCCGGCGCCCUCUUGCGAUACAUUGGACCUCUGACCAUCACUCCAACUGUUGCUCUAAUUGGUCUCUCUGGUUUCCAAGCAGCUGGAGAAAGAGCUGGAAAACACUGGGGUAUCGCAAUGUUGACUAUUUUCCUAGUGUUGUUGUUUUCGCAGUAUGCCAGAAACGUCAAAUUUCCCUUACCCAUUUACAAAUCCAAGAAAGGAUGGACAGCUUAUAGGCUGCAGCUUUUUAAGAUGUUCCCUAUUAUUUUAGCAAUUUUGGUGUCAUGGCUGCUUUGUUUCAUCUUCACUGUGACGGACGUCUUUCCCCCUGACAGUUCAAAGUACGGCUUCUAUGCUCGCACAGAUGCCCGACGAGGGGUGCUGUUGGUAGCUCCAUGGUUCAAAGUUCCUUAUCCUUUUCAGUGGGGACUGCCAACAAUUUCAGCUGCUGGAGUUAUAGGAAUGCUUAGUGCAGUUGUUGCUAGCAUUAUCGAAUCAAUAGGAGAUUACUAUGCCUGUGCCAGGUUGUCAUGUGCUCCUCCUCCACCUAUUCAUGCAAUAAACAGAGGGAUUUUUAUUGAAGGUCUAUCCUGUGUUUUGGAUGGAGUAUUUGGGACAGGGAAUGGAUCCACUUCUUCCAGCCCUAACAUUGGUGUCUUGGGCAUCACGAAGGUUGGAAGUCGCAGGGUUAUACAAUAUGGAGCAGCCUUCAUGCUUUUGCUUGGGAUGGUUGGCAAGUUCAGUGCUCUCUUUGCAUCGCUGCCUGACCCUGUGCUUGGUGCCCUCUUUUGCACUCUCUUUGGGAUGAUUACAGCUGUGGGUCUGUCAAACCUCCAGUUCAUAGAUUUAAAUUCUUCUCGCAAUCUGUUUGUACUUGGAUUUUCCAUUUUCUUUGGGCUUGUCCUCCCAAGCUAUCUCAAACAAAAUCCACUGGUGACAGGAAUAACAGGCAUUGAUCAAGUAUUAAAUGUUCUUCUCACUACAGCCAUGUUUGUUGGUGGCUGUGUUGCAUUUAUUUUGGAUAAUACCAUUCCAGGAAGCCCUGAAGAAAGAGGAAUAAGGAAAUGGAAGAAAGGAAUUGGUAAAGGAAGCAAGUCACUGGAUGGCAUGGAAACAUAUGAUUUGCCCUUUGGCAUGAACUUCAUAAAAAAAUACAGGUGUUUCAGCUUCCUGCCCAUCAGUCCUACCUUCAUGGGUUACACAUGGAAAGGCUUCAGGAAAAGCAGCAACUGCAGGAGUUCAGAUGAAGACUCAGAAGCUACAGUAUAGCCUUAGUUGAAAUUAUAUUAUCUAGUUGUAGUAAGAGAUGUAUUUGCAGUUUCUUGCUGAUUAAGAAGCAUUAAAAUAUAUGUUUUGUAUAUCUGCAUUUAAAUUCUGGAACCAGAGCUGAGACGGAUUAAAAAAAAAAAAAAGCUUUCCUGUUGUGGGUGGUGGUAGCCAAAUCUAGUGUCUCUGGGUCAAAUUUGCAAAUACUCCUGUUUGAUUUUUUUUUUCCCAAAAACUACAGAUACCUGUAUACCCAAGUCUGUUUAUUUAAAAUGGGGCUUAGAUUCCUGAAGUAUGUAAGUGCUAUGGAAAAUGUUACUUUUUAUGGUGAUUUUAAGUCACUGAUGCUGCCAUUUUGGCUUACUCAUUGCUUGUACUGUUAGUUAUGCCAGAAAAUUUGGUUCCUGUGGGGGAAAAAAAAAAUCUAAUUAUGUCUAAUCACAUCAAUGUUGUUUUCUAACCUCUGAUUUUCACAUUCCAUACUUUCAGAUCCCUGGAAACCAGACUGAAUUUAUACUGGCAAAUCAUGAGAGUAUUUUUCAAAUUACUUGAUAGUUCAAUUAAAUGUCCAAUGUUAGGACAGAAGCUUCCAUUAUAAUUUUGCCUGUGAAAAUUAUGACCGACUUCUGUUAGCUUCUUGCUGUAGAAGAUACAACUCACUUUUUGUCAGUUUGUAUUUUUAAACGUUUUCUUUUUCUGCCUGACUUUUAACCACCUAACUGGUGUCCAGGCAUAGGUUUUCUUUAAAGAGCCUUAUGUAGCUUGCAUUUUGUGGAGAUAAGAGACUUAACUUCCAGAUGGGACCUGAUAACUGUUCUUAUAGCAAAACGCAUGUAUCCAGCUAGAUGUUUUCUGAACAAAAAUGGUAAUUUGUUAAGCGGUUCUAAGCAAUUAACACCUGUAUGCAUACAGCUUUUCCUGUGGGGAAAACCAUAUGGUCAAAUUGCAGCCAGCAUUUGCUCAUAGGGAUCUGUGCAAAAUUUUCUUGUUUGGAUGUUGAGAGCCAAUGCUGCCUAGGAAUGGCUUCAUUGCAUUGCCUAAUUUUUUCCCUCUUUUGUGGGAUUACAACAAAAGCUUGCUACUUCUAGAGAGGUCAACGUAAAGGACAGAGACGCUACAUUUGAUGUCCUCAUCCACUGGGUGGUUUAACGGGUAUUGGGUCCAAUCAGGACACCAUUCAGAUUCUUUUUCCUGGAAUAGUCUCAGCUCUGAUGUUAUGUGAGUGUUCAUGCUCGUCAUGCAUUCAUAAUUAAAAGUUUUAUUCAUGUUUAAUGUUCUUACUAUUGCAAGUUAGUUUUAGACUUCAGUGUGGCCCCAAAAACAUUUUUAAGCUGUGGAGAUCAUCAGGGAAAUGUAGUGUAAUGUAAUUUCAAGGCCAGUAUGCUCUACGGUGCUUGCAUUUUGUAUUCCUGGAAAAACGUAACAUUAGAUUCUGUAAUUCACUAAUAUAUUUAUCAAAGUUUGACUACUGGACAGGAGUGCAGGAACUCUGUUUUCUCUGAGUCUACUUCCACGUGAAUGUUAUUGGUUAUUGAAGCAUGGAAGGGUUGGGGUGGGGAGGGCAAGGAAAGAGUAAUGGAUCAGUACUGAAUAGUGUAGGAUCAGAAUGAUUCCAUUGAUAUCCUUUUCAGCAUGUCAUGGCUGUUUCCAGAAACUAUUUUAUGCCGCUUUUUCCGUAACAAAGCAUGUGUGUGUCCCUGCUUCAGGGAACUUUCAAUAGUUUGCAGUCUUGGUGUCAGUUGGACUAUCUCGAAAGCUGGUCGGAAGAGUUAUUGUGUCAUAGACAAGGUUAGUUUGCCUGUGAAACUAAGUCAUUUUUAUCAUUUGAAAUUUUGCUCUUCAGGUAGUGAGGUGUUAGAUUUCCACAUCUACUUGCAAAUAGUUUGAGUGCAGAAAACUCUAAUUAGUGACACAAAGCUUCCAAAUUUCCCAAAUUUAUGUGCAACCAAAGAUGUGCGGGAGAGAUGGAAGAGUUAAGAACAAGUAAAUAAACUAAAAACGGAAACAAAAAAAAGACACCUGUAUAUGGUGGUUAUUAUCAUGU